GGCGCGUGGAGGAAGCAAACAAGAAGGGGGCAAAGCAACUUCCCUUUACUCUCUCUCUCUCUCUCUCUCUCUCUCUCUCUCUCUCUCUCUCUCUCAUACUUGUUCCGUUCUGCAAUCUUCAUACGUUGUUUCUUCUAUUCUAUCAUCAAGUUCCCCGGUUCUCCUCUCCUCGAUCCAAACCCUAAUUUUUCAACAGGGGAGAUCGGCUGUCAAUUCAAUUGCUUCCAUUUAUUUCAACAUAUUCUAAUAAUCAAUCAAUCAAUCAAUCAUGUUUUCUCGGAUUUUCGGUAAACCUAAACAGGAAGCCAAUACUCUAACAACUUUAGACAAGUUAAAUGAGACACUUGAAAUGCUAGAGAAAAAGGAGAAAGUGCUUCUGAAAAAGGCGGGGGCAGAAGUUGAAAAGGCCAAAGAAUUCACUAGGGCCAAGAAUAAAAGAGCGGCAAUACAAUGUUUGAAGAGGAAGAGGCUGUAUGAACAGCAAAUAGAGCAGCUUGGAAACUUCCAGUUGCGUAUUCAUGAUCAGAUGAUAAUGUUGGAAGGUGCCAAGGCAACUACAGAAACUGUAGACGCAUUGAGAACUGGAGCGGCUACUAUGAAGGCUAUGCAAAAAGCAACGAAUAUUGAUGAUGUUGACAAGACCAUGGAUGAGAUCAAUGAACAGACUGAGAACAUGAAACAGAUUCAGGAAGCUUUGUCAGCUCCAAUUGGUGCAGCUGCUGAUUUUGAUGAGGAUGAAUUGGAAGCAGAACUUGAAGAGCUAGAGGGUGCUGAGUUGGAAGAACAGCUUUUACAGCCUGCAACUACAGCUCCAGCAGCCCAGGUGCAUGUCCCAGCUGGGCGGCUACCUACUCGUCCGAUGCCUGCAAAACCCACUCCUGAGGAAGACGAAUUGGCAGCUUUGCAGGCUGAGAUGGCACUUUGAGCAGGCCGGAAUUUUGCAGGCAUUGAUUAGUAUGAUACGGGGCAGAUAAAGAGUUGUAACCAGUGACACGGAGAAUUCUGCCUCCUCGCACCAUCACUUAUCUUUGUGAAAUUAUUGAACAGAGGAUGUACAUAGAGGUUAUAAAAAUUGAAAGUUACUUUUGCCUUUGAUCUCACCCUAUUAGAUGUUUGUUGUUGAGAAUGUUGAAAACUGCGUCUACAGUCUGCACUACACCUAAAAAGAGCACUACACUUACGUUGUUCUUGUCAAGUAUUGAUGAUGGGAUUGGAUCCACAUGAUAUUGUUAUGUGAA